GGUAUGGUUAUGAUAUCUUAUCGCUCACUGAUAAAGCCCUGAUCGUUCGGGGGGACCCUUGGAGCUCCCGCAAGCUCCCCGCUAAAUUAAGGUUGGUGCGGUACAAAUUGGUAAUGAGAUCUAGAUUUUUUUUUUUCCAAUAGUCUCCGGCGCGAUUGAAAUUUUGUUCGACUUUCCGUGUGAGCCUUUUCUCCUUCGAGUCCGCCGUCGUUCAUAUCUUCAAUCCCUCGUCGUGCCCUUUUUUUUAUAGACUAUCCCGUCGAGUCUUCUCAACCCGGGACAUCUAGGUUGCCAUCUAUCUAUUUAUUUACCCUUGGAAUUUCGGUAUAGCAUUACUUGUAAUUCAUAAUGGCGCCGAUGGUCACUGGCAAGGAGCGCGAGUCAAAUCUCGCUCGACUCCUCGGUUCCGGCUCUGCUGGUAUUUCGGAAUUGGCUGUCUUCCAUCCUGUCGACACCAUUGCCAAGCGAUUGAUGAGCAACCAGACGAAGAUUAAGAGCGCCAGCGAACUGAACAAGGUCAUCUUCAAGGACAAGGCAGAGGCGACAUUCGGUCGAAAAUUCUUCUCGCUCUUCCCGGGGUUGGGUUAUGCAGCGGGUUAUAAGGUUCUGCAAAGAAUAUACAAGUAUGGCGGCCAACCCAUCGCAAGGGAUUAUCUUGCGGCGCACUACGGCAAGGACUUCGAAAGCGCUUUCGGAAAGAAAACCGGCAAAGCGAUUAUGCACUCGACUGCUGGCAGUCUGAUCGGUAUUGGUGAGAUCGUCUUACUUCCAUUAGACGUAUUAAAGAUCAAGCGCCAGACCAACCCGGAAGCGUUCCGAGGACGAGGCAUUUUCAAGAUUAUCGCCGAUGAAGGCUUUGGAUUAUAUAGAGGUUGGGGAUGGACUGCAGCCCGAAAUGCUCCUGGAUCAUUUGCACUCUUCGGUGGCUCGGCUUUCACCAAGGAAUACGUCUUCGCACUGAACGACUAUAACAAGGCGUCAUGGUUCCAGAACUUUAUCGCUUCGAUUGCCGGUGCUUCGGCAUCCUUGGUUGUCUCCGCUCCCUUGGACGUUAUCAAGACCCGUAUUCAGAACAGGAAUUUCGAGAACCCCGAAAGCGGCUUCCGCAUCUUGUCCAACAUGGCAAAGAACGAAGGUUUCUCCAGUUUCUUCAAGGGAUUAGUACCUAAGCUCCUUAUGACCGGACCGAAGCUGGUCUUUUCCUUCUGGCUUGCCCAGACAUUGAUUCCAGCAUUCGACACAAUGUUGAAAUAGAGCAUUUGACUUGUAUCAUAGAUUUAGACGCUAGCGUUCCACUGUAUGUAUAUACGAUCGAGCUGGCGUUUUAACGGUCGCGGAUGGCAACGCGCUACGGGGGGCGGGUUCUAUCGGUUUGGACUUAUUAGAUGAUUAUGAAAGACUUCGGCAGGGUAGAUAGGAACUAAAAAUAAAUACUCGACUCUUAGCAAUGUCUUAUAUUAAGAUUCCGUGGAUGAAUAAGUAGGUGUAUUGACUAUAGCGCUCGCGUAUGUUAG